GAGUACAAAACAACAAGUGUAACAUCUACAGCAGGCAGCACCAUUAACUUACACCGAUUUCAGAGCCUCAACCUUUGCUUACCUACCAACCAAAACUAGUAAAAAACUACUACUAUACCCCACCACCAACAAACACAAAAUUCCAAAUUUUACCCAUAAUAUAUUAACUACUUCUUCUUCUUCCUUUGCAUCACACACACGUUUCUCUUCUCUUCUUUGUUUCUUUCUCAUCACUUAAUUAAAAAGUGUGUUCAAUAAAUGAAUCAUAAUAAAGACCCUUUUAGUGUUAUGAAAAGACAACCUAAAUAAUCAUCCUAUGAAACAAUUAUCAAACCAUGCUUUGUCGGCCAUUUCAACUUCACCCACCAAAAAAGAUCCUUUCUUUCCACUUAUCAUUUCGUUCUUUCUUUCACUUUGACACAUACCCUUUUAUCUAUCAUAUUCAUUUUUCUGUGAUUCAUUCAAUUCUUCUUGAUUUUAUUAGUUAUUAUUCAAUAUAGGGGUUUCUAUUUUUAUUCUUGUUUAGAUCAAAGAUCCUCACUUUUUAUGCUAAAAGGUGAAGUGGGUAUAUUCUUUUUAAUUUUUUUUUAGUUUGAGUUGAUUCUGAACAAUUUUGUUUCAUAAGGAUUCAUUUGAUCCUAAUUGGUGAACUUGUUCCUCUUUUGAAAAGGGAUGAUGGCCUAUUAAUUAAAGGUAUUGAUUAUUAAGAUGUCUAGGAACAUCAAGGAAGGGAGUGUCUUUGCAAAAAGGCAUUAUGUUAUUUUAUUGCUAUUGACUUUACUUCUUUGUAGCACAGAAGGUUUGAAUUUAGAGGGACAAAUCCUUUUGGAGAUUAAAAAUGGAAUUCAUGAUAAAAAUAAUGGUUUGGUAAAUUGGAAUUCUAGUGAUGAAACUCCAUGUCGAUGGAUAGGUGUAAAUUGUAGUUAUGAUUAUAACAUUGGUAGUGAUCCGGUGGUUAUUUCGCUUAAUUUGAGUUCUAUGAAUCUUUCUGGAACUUUAAAUGCUAGCAUUGGAGGACUUACCAAUUUAACUUAUCUCAAUCUUGCUUACAAUAGUCUUAUUGGAAAUAUCCCUAAGGAGAUUGGUGAGUGUUUGAGUUUAGAAUAUCUUUACUUGAACAAUAAUCAAUUCGAGGGACCUAUUCCUGUUGAAUUAGGGAAACUCUCCCUUUUGAGAAAUUUGAAUAUUUGCAACAAUAAACUCUCCGGUGUUAUUCCGGACGAGUUUGGAAAGUUGAGUUCAUUGGUUGAGUUAAUUGCUUAUAGCAAUUUUCUUGUCGGCCCUUUGCCGAAUUCGGUUGGAAAUCUUAAGAAUCUUGCAACUUUCAGAGCUGGGGCGAAUAACAUUACUGGUAGCUUGCCGAAGGAAAUUGGCAGAUGUAAGAGUUUGGUACGUCUUGGUCUUGCUCAAAAUCAGAUCGAAGGGGAGAUACCAAGUGAGAUUGGGAUGCUCGAAAGAUUAAAAGAAUUGGUUUUAUGGGAAAACCAGUUAUCAGGGGUUGUUCCUAAAGAGCUUGGGAAUUGUAGCAGGCUUGAGAUCCUUGCUCUAUACGGGAAUAAUCUCAUUGGACCAUUACCUCGUGAGAUUGGGAACCUGAAAUCGUUGAAGUGGUUGUAUCUUUACAGGAAUAAGUUGAAUGGAUCCAUUCCAAGGGAAAUUGGAAAUCUUUCUAAAGCCUUGCACAUUGAUUUCUCGGAGAACUCUUUAGUCGGAAAUAUCCCUUCAGAGUUCAGCAAAAUUCGUGGUCUAAGUUUGCUCUUUCUCUUUGAGAACCAUUUAACCGGUGUUAUACCAAAUGAGUUCGGUAACUUGAAGAACCUGACGAAGCUGGACCUAUCGAUAAAUAACAUUACGGGUCCGAUUCCACAUAGCUUCCAAUAUUUGACUCAUAUGUCGCAGUUGCAACUUUUUGACAACUCCUUAAGCGGUAUUAUUCCUCAGGGACUUGGACUUCAUAGUCGUCUUUGGGUGGUUGAUUUUUCUGACAACAACUUGACAGGAAGUAUACCUCCACAUCUAUGCCGAAACUCUCAUUUGAUGAUGUUGAAUGUAGCAAAUAAUCGGCUUUACGGACACAUACCGACAGGGAUAUUAAACUGUGAAUCGUUGGCACAGUUGCUGUUGAUCGGUAACAGGCUUACCGGUGGUUUCCCUUCGGAACUGUGUAAACUGGUGAAUCUAACAGCCAUUGAUUUGAAUGAUAACAGGUUCAGCGGUCCACUUUCUCAUGAGAUCGCAAACUGCCACAACUUGCAAAGGCUUCACAUUGCAAACAAUUACUUCACAUUGGGGUUGCCGAAAGAAAUAGGAAAUCUCUCUCAAUUGGUGACUUUUAAUGUUUCAUCAAAUCUUUUCACCGGAAGAAUCCCACCAGAAAUUUUUUGGUGCCAAAGGCUGCAGCGGCUCGAUCUCAGUCAGAAUCAUUUUACUGGUUCUUUGCCAAAUGAACUUGGAACACUUCAGCACUUGGAGAUUCUCAAGCUCUCCGACAAUAAAUUGUCUGGAAAUAUUCCUCCAGCAUUAGGCAAUCUGUCUCAUUUGAACUGGUUGCGGAUGGAUGGCAAUUUGUUUUUCGGUGAAAUACCUCCCGAGUUAGGUUCUCUUUCGAGCUUACAGAUUGAAAUGGAUCUCAGUUACAAUAAUCUUUCUGGAAGAAUACCAUCUCGGCUUGGCAAUCUCAAUAUGCUUGAAAAUCUGUUUCUCAAUAACAACCAUUUGGAAGGUGAAAUUCCAAGUACCUUUAGCGCGCUUUCAAGCUUGAUGGGGUGUAAUUUCUCAUACAAUAACCUCUCCGGACCUAUCCCUUCCACUAAAAUUUUCGAAAGUAUGGCUGUAAGCAGCUUUGUUGGUGGUAACAUAGGCCUUUGUGGUACACCUCUCAUUGACUGCAAUAGCAUUUCAGCUUCUCGCUCGAUUCCUCAUGUGAAAGACGUUGAUUCUCCUCGUGCUAAAAUUGUCAUGAUCAUUGCAGCUACUGUCGGCGGUGUUUCUCUCAUUUUGAUUUUAGUUAUUUUAUAUCUUAUGAGACAACCUCGAGAGGCUGUUGAUUCAUUUGCAGACACAGAAACUCAAUCUCCGGAUUCAGAUAUCUAUUUUCCUCCAAAGGAUGGUUUCACGUUCCAAGACUUACUUGAAGCUACAAAAAGAUUUCAUGAAAGUUAUGUCAUUGGUAGCGGAGCAUGUGGAACAGUUUAUAAGGCAGUUAUGAAAUCUGGUAAGACCAUUGCUGUUAAGAAGUUAGCAUCGAACCGGGAGGGGAACAACGUCGAUAAUAGUUUCAGGGCUGAAAUAUCGACUCUAGGAAGGAUUAGGCAUCGGAAUAUAGUGAAGCUGUAUGGUUUUUGCUAUCACCAAGGUUCAAAUCUCUUACUUUAUGAAUACAUGGAAAGAGGUAGCUUAGGUGAAUUAUUGCAUGGUUCUGCAAGUAAUCUGGAGUGGCCGACUCGAUUCAUGAUUGCUCUUGGAGCUGCCGAAGGUCUUGCUUACUUGCAUCAUGACUGUAAGCCGAAGAUUAUUCACCGUGACAUAAAAUCUAACAACAUUCUGCUUGAUGAAAAUUUUGAGUCCCAUGUUGGUGAUUUCGGCUUGGCAAAAGUGAUUGACAUGCCUCAGUCAAAAUCGAUGUCCGCAGUUGCCGGAUCUUAUGGUUAUAUUGCUCCUGAAUAUGCAUAUACCAUGAAGGUUACAGAGAAGUGCGACAUAUAUAGUUACGGUGUUGUGCUCUUGGAAUUGCUAACUGGAAAAACACCGGUUCAACCAAUGGAGCAAGGAGGUGAUCUUGUCACAUGGACAAGAAACCGUAUUCGGAACAAUAACAAUACAUUGAGCUCAGAGAUGCUCGACAAUCGUCUAGAUCUCGAAGACCAAAUAACUAUAAAUCACAUGCUCACUGUUUUGAAACUUGCUUUAAUGUGCACAAGUAUGUCUCCUACUAAAAGACCAUCAAUGCGCGAAGUUGUGUUGAUGCUCAUCGAGUCAAAUGAGCGAGAAGGAAAUUUAACACUCACUCGAACAAACCACAACCCUCCUUCCAAAGAUAGCACAUGAAAGUAUGCUGCAACUUCUCUUGAGAGAGAUUUUUGUUAACAAAUUAUUAGUAUUUUUCUUCUCAUUUAUUUGUUUUCCACUUAGAGAGUGUAGGAUGAUGAUUUUUGUACAUUUCUUUCACUUCAUUAUGCUACUAGAGUUGAGGAUUUUACUUUAUACUUGUUUUUUAUUGAUUUAAUCAUGUUAUGUAUUUUCUUUUUUAGAAUAUAGUAUAGUAACUUUUAUUGUACAGUUGGGAAUUACCAUUGAUUGUGUAUCAUUAAGGUUAUUAUUGAUGUAGGGAGAAAUAAUUAUUUUAUAUUUGUUCAUGUAACAUUGAUCUAGCUUUUAAGUUUAUAUUGAAUUUCUA